AUGGACACAAAGAAUGAUGGACGUACGGAUGACAUCGAACUUAGCGCACAAGGAACUAGUAAUAAGCCGAGUGAUGUGGCCAUCAAAUCCGAUCUGCCCGAGCGAGGAACCUGGGCCAGCAAGCUCGACUUUAUCCUCUCUGUCAUCGGGUUAGCCAUCGGUCUUGGCAACGUCUGGCGGUUCCCUUACCUCUGCUACAAGAAUGGAGGAGGCGCCUUCCUCAUCCCCUACUUCCUCACGCUCAUCCUGGCUGGUAUACCGAUGUUCUUCAUGGAGCUGGCCAUGGGGCAGAUGCUUACUAUCGGCGGAUUGGGGGUGUUUAAGAUUGCUCCCAUUUUCAAAGGUAUCGGGUAUGCAGCCGCGGUCAUGUCCUGCUGGAUGAACGUGUACUACAUCGUCAUAUUGGCCUGGGCCAUCUUCUACUUCUUCAUGUCCAUGCGAUCAGACGUGCCGUGGCGGACUUGCGACAAUUACUGGAACACCGCAACCUGUGUCAACCCUUACGACCGACGGAACCUGACCUGCUGGUCAUCACCAGUCGACAUGAGCACCUUCUGCAUGCUGAAUGGGAAGAACAUCAGCAAGGCGGUCUUGUCUGACCCUGUCAAGGAGUUUUGGGAACGCCGCGCCCUCCAAAUCUCGAGCGGUAUAGAAAAUAUCGGUAACAUAAGAUGGGAGCUCGCCGGGACUCUGCUGCUGGUGUGGGUCCUCUGCUACUUCUGCAUCUGGAAGGGCGUCAGGUGGACUGGGAAGGUCGUCUACUUCACCGCCUUGUUCCCUUACUUCUUGCUGACCGUUCUUUUGAUCAGAGGAAUCACUCUUCCUGGAGCUUUGGAAGGGAUCAAGUUCUACGUGAUGCCCAACAUGUCCAAGCUGAUGGAGUCAGAAGUGUGGAUUGACGCCGUUACUCAGAUCUUUUUCUCGUAUGGUCUGGGUUUAGGCACUUUGGUCGCCCUGGGCAGUUAUAACAAGUUCACUAAUAACGUUUACAAAGACGCGCUGAUAGUGUGUUCAGUGAAUUCCAGUACCUCAAUGUUUGCUGGGUUCGUCAUCUUCUCUGUCGUCGGAUUUAUGGCUCAUGAGCAGCAACGACCAGUCGCUGAAGUGGCUGCUUCAGGUCCUGGACUCGCGUUCUUGGCGUAUCCUUCAGCAGUGCUUCAAUUGCCAGGCGCCCCUCUCUGGUCAUGUUUGUUCUUCUUCAUGCUCCUCCUCAUUGGUCUUGACAGCCAGUUCUGCACCAUGGAGGGCUUCAUCACGGCUGUAAUUGAUGAGUGGCCAAAACUGCUCAGGAGGAGGAAGGAGAUAUUUAUCGCCAUUACCUGUUUUAUAUCGUAUUUGGUUGGACUUUCUUGUAUUUCUGAGGGCGGUAUGUACGUUUUCCAAAUCCUCGAUUCCUACGCUGUGUCCGGCUUCUGCUUGUUGUUCCUCAUAUUCUUCGAGUGCGUCUCCAUCUCCUGGGCCUUCGGCGUCAACCGCUUCUAUGACGGCAUCAAGGAGAUGAUCGGCUACUACCCUACCAUCUGGUGGAAGUUCUGCUGGGUCGGAUUCACGCCUGCUAUUUGCAUCAGCGUGUUCAUCUUCAACCUGGUUCAAUGGAAGCCCAUAAAAUACAUGAACUAUGAGUACCCGUGGUGGUCGCAUGCCUUCGGCUGGUUCACCGCCCUGUCUUCCAUGCUGUGUAUCCCUGGGUACAUGGUCUAUCUGUGGAAGGUCACCCCCGGAACUAGACAAGAGAAAUUCAAUAAGAUCGUUCGCAUCCCUGAGGACGUUCCAGCUCUGCGGACAAAAAUGCAAGCGGAGGAGUUGGCGAAACAUCAUGGAAAUGCCUAG